UUUUUUUUUUUUAUUGUCUGGGACGAUGUCUCUUUUAUGGAUAGUUAGAUGACUAUAAGCUUGCUCGAUUUGAUAGGAUAUACAACAAGGUCAAAUAAACGGAUAUAUAAUAAAUUCGACUGAACGGAUGUAUCACAAUGUAUUAAGUGGAUGCACGAGAUCAAGCAAAGUGACAGAAUUGGACCAAUAGAAUGGAUAUCAAAAGGAUUCGACUGGAAAAGAAAGAUAAAUCAGCUGUGUAUAGGUUACUUCAUGAUGGUCAUCUUCUGGUUUCACUUCUCUAUCCUCCCUUUCUUAUCUGGUCAUAUAGUGACGUCUCUUUCAUGGAUAGUUAGCAUUAGUUUAGUUGCACAAUAUAUCAUCCUUCUACAUUCUUCUUUAAUAAAUAUAUAGCUGAUGUUUUUCCAC